GAAGCGCAGUCAAUUGAAUUAUAUGGUUGCUCAGCAGGGCUAAUUUCAUAUAUAUUUCAUUGAAUCGUCAAAAAAAAAGACUAUAAAUAAAGUCACCAAAAUUAGACACAAUAAAUCUCCAAAUGAAGGCAAAUAACACUGAAUUUUUCUAGUGAAUCUCCAUACCUGAUAUAACUUGUUUUAGAGCAGAGCUAGACGAUACACACACAAGCUGUUCUCGAAAGAUUUAGAAGUCAGGAUCAGUUUCGCCAGCAAAAAAAAAGUGCCUAAACAUGAUUUCCAGCAUAUUUGGUAUCCUGGCGUUGUCUUUGGUUGUAAGCAGCUAUGGUUCACUUGGCAGCCAAUGCAUCGACGCCUCAGAUGGAUUCCUGGUAGAAGUCGGCUGCUGGGGGUAUUUCUUUUGUCAGAACGGUCAAGUCGCUCGACAUGAAUGCCAGAAUGGAACUUACCUGGACAAAGACUCUUUGACCUGCAUCAACACAAGUAUUACAAAUACUACCAGAUGCGGUUAUCCAGUGGACUGCAGUGAACUAAAUGAUGGAUAUUAUCCAGAUGUGGAGACAGGGUGUAGUUCAUUUUAUGUCUGUCUAAAUCACGUAUAUAUGGGUAGACAGUACUGUCCUGGUGCUCUUGUGUUUGACCCAGAUCUCAAGAUCUGCAACUGGCCUAGUCAAGUUCUUCCCCCAUGUGGCACUGGAGUGUAGAACAAAAAGAACCUGUUGGCUGUUAUGUUUGAUUUAAAAUAAAUCCGCUUUAGCUUUG